AAGUAAGAAAACAUUAGAAUAUGGCAAAAGUUGAUGAAUUUUGUUUAAAAAAAUUGAAAAGUAUUUUCACCAAGACUAUAGUCAUCAGGCAAUCAUCGGUAUUUUAAAGAAAAAUUAUAAUUUUUCAAUUUCUCUUCGUUCAAUGUCAAGAAUUAUGCAACGUCAUCAAUGGAAGAGGAAAAAUUUUGAAGAAAGUUCGUUACAAGAAAUAUGUAACGCUAUUUUAAUGGAGUUGCAAGGUAGUGUCUAUAAUUUUGGAUAUCGUGCUAUAUGGAAACGCCUUAGGAAUGUAUACAAGCUCAAAGUGAGACAAAAAGUUGUAAUGAGACUUUUGAAAGAACUUGAUCCUGAAGGUGUUGAAGCACGCAGUCGGUACAAGUUAAAAAGAAGGGUGUACGAAGUUCCUGGGCCAAAUUAUCUAUGGCAUGCUGAUAACCACGACAAGUUAAAGAGAUUUGGCUUUGCAAUAUAUGGAUGCAUUGAUGGUUUUUCAAAAAAAUUAUUUGGAUUGUAGUGGCAACAACUAAUAAUGAUCCAGGAAUCAUCGCUCAUUAUUAUUUGCAAACCAUCAAAAAGUGUGGUUUCUUACCAGCUAUUAUACGGACAGAUAAUGGCACGGAAGCUACACUAAUGGAAGAUCUUCACAAAGCUCUGCGUUGGAAGGACACGUAUGAGAAUGCAGGCCAUAAAAGUUUUUUAAGGGGUAAAAGCACUCACAACCAACGCAUAGAAAGAUUUUGGAGACAGUUUCGCCAAAGACUUUGUGAUUUUUACAUUAAUUUUUUUAAAGUAAUGAAAACUGAAAACUUGCUGAAUAUGUCAAAUAAAUUUGAUAUUGAGUGCUUGAGGUAUUGCUUUGGUCCGCUGAUUGAAGGUGAAAUCUCAUUUGUGAUAAAAGAAUGGAACGAACAUAAGAUCAGGAAGCAAAAUUCAAGGGAUAUUCUUGGAGGAAUACCAAAUGAACUAUAUUAUUGGCCAGAGAAAUAUCGUGCACAUGACUACAAACGACCUGUAAAAGAAGAAUGCCUUCAAUCACUUUUGAAUGAUUACACAAAGAUUCCAAUUAUUUAUAGUAACUUUAUAGAAGAAAUAGUGAAUUUGAUUCUUCCAAAACCAGUAUCCAAUCCAUGUACAGUUGAAGAUGCUUAUCACCUUUACAUUAAAAUCAAGAAUAUUGUUGAAAACUACAUCAUCUGAUGAUGGAACUCAAAAGCUGGACAUCUUCAAAUCAUCGAGAAUGAGUCUCAUUUACAAAAGUGCCAUUCCUAAUUUUAGAUGACUAUUUUUUCUUAUAAUUAUUAUAAUUAUAAAUUAUACAUAUUAGGUAGUGAAUGUAUUUAUAAUAAAAAAAAAUAUAUAUAUAUAUAUUUGUACAUAUUUGUAAAGCUUUAAUGUAAAAAUAUCAUUAAUAAAAACAUAUUAAACAAUAA